AGCUUCCUCUCACUCUCUACAGUAUGUGAUCACCGGUCUGCUGCAUUACUCCACAAUGCCAUUUCUCUGUAGUUCUCCGCUCCCUCCCUCUCCCCUUCACUCUAUCUCUCUGUAAGCAGUAAUCUCCAGUCGCUCUCGCUGCCUCACAGCUUUCUGCCCUGCCACAGCACAUCUCUCUCUCCCCUCAGCUCCACUCUCUCCCCAGUGAGGAUGACAUCCCCAAAUUUGAUGAACCAGCGAAGCUCUCAUUCUGGCUGGUGGCUUCCAAGGGAGAACCCACAUGAACGGGCUUACUGGACGAGGAGGUGCCGCGUCUAAGGAGCUUCGUAGAAAAGCUGUCAGCUGUAGCAGUCUCUGAAUUAGUGACUACAUCCCACAAGUUUCUAGUUAAGACUGCCUCCUUUGGAAAAGCAUCAUUAAAAACACAAAACAGCCUGAAUUGCCGGACACAUGUCACAGGUUGAGCAGGAGAUCUCACUCGUCCAGAGGAAGAUGUCUGACCUUGAGUCAGUGCUCCAGCAGAAGGAUAUAGAGUUGAAGGCUUCAGAGACUCAGAGGACCAUCCUGGAACAGGACCUGGCAACCUACAUCACAGAAUGUAGUAGUCUAAAGCGCAGUCUGGAACAGGCCCGUAUGGAGGUGUCACAGGAGGAUGACAAAGCUCUGCAGCUCCUCCAUGACAUCAGGGAGCAGAGCAACAAGCUUCAAGAGAUCAAAGAGCAGGAAUAUCAUGCCCAGCUGGAGGAAAUGAGAGUUUCCAUAAGACAACUGGAGGAGGACCUGUCUGCUGCCCGUCGCCGUAGCGACCUGUAUGAGUCUGAGCUGAAAGAGUCUCGGCAGACCAGUGAGGAACUGAAGAGGAAGGCUGCUGACUACCAACAUAGGAUUCAGAAGGCCAAAGAGCAGAGCAAGGCAGAUGCAGAGGAGCAGAUAUGCAAGUUGGAGAAGACCAGUGCUGAGCAGCAGACCAAGAUCCAGGAUCUUCAAGAGAAGCUUGCCAAGUCUUCAAAGGCCACUGCUGAGGCUACAGACCUCCUUCAGACUAUGAGAUUGGCCAAAGAGCGCAUGGAGCGAGAUCUGGAGAGGCUACAGAACAAGGAAGACUCCAGUGACAGCCUGCGUAGACGCCUCCGUGAGACUGAGGAUGGUAGGAAGACCCUGGAGAACCAGGUGAAGAGGCUGGAGAUUGUCGAGCGCCGGGAGACAAAACUGAAGGAUGAGAUCCAGGGCAAGGCCCAGCAGAUACAGCAGAUGGCAGAUAAGAUUCUGGGCCUGGAGGAGAAUCUGCGAGAGACCCAAGCCACAGUCCAGCGACUGGAGACUCAUCUGAAACAGAAGGAGAAGCUCUAUGAAGAUAAGAUAAAGGUGUUGGAGGCCCAGAUGAAGGCGGACAUGGCUGAUAAGGAGAUGCUGGAGUCCAGUCAGAGCAAAUAUGAGGAGGAGGUGCGGGAGAAGUGCAGCAUCAUCAGUGAACAGAAGGCGACCAUAAAUGCUAUGGACUCCAAGAUGAACAGCCUGGAGCAGAGGAUCGCUGAGCUGUCUGAGGCCAACAAACUGGCAGCCAACAGCAGUAUCUACACCCAGAAAAACAUGAAAGCCCAGGAGGAGAUGAUUUCAGAGCUUCGCCAACAGAAGUUCUACUUGGAGUCUCAGGCUGGAAAGUUGGAGGCCCAGAAUGCCAAACUGGAGGAGCAUCUCGAGAAAAUGACUCAGCAGGAGCAAAGCAAUAAGAGUCGUGUAUUGGAGCAGGAAACUAGGCUCCGAGAGAUUGGGCUGCAACAUGAGGAAGAGAAGCUGGAGAUUAAGCGUCAGGUGACAGAUCUGACCCUCUCGCUGCAGGAGCGCGAAUCUCAGAUCAGCAAUCUGCAGGCAGCUCGCCACGCACUAGAGAGCCAACUACAGCAGGCCAAGACUGAGCUGGAGGAGACCACUGCAGAGGCAGAGGAGGAGAUCACUGUGCUCAGAGCACACAGAGAUGAGAUACAACGCAAGUUUGAUGCUCUGAGAGACAGCUGUGCGGUGAUCACAGAUUUGGAGGAACAGCUGACCACACUGACUCAGGAGAAUGCCGAGCUGAACCGCCAGAACUUCUACCUGUCCAAGCAGCUGGAUGAGGCUUCUGAUGAGAGAGAGGACCGGCUGCACCUCAGCCAGGAUGUGGACAGGCUGCGUCGAGAGGUGGCCGACCGCGAAAUGCACCUUAACAACCAGAAACAGAACCUGGAGACACUGAAGACCACGUGCACCAUGCUGGAGGAGCAGGUUCUGGAGCUGGAGACCCUGAACGAUGAGCUGCUGGAGAAGGAGAGACAGUGGGAAGCCUGGAGGGCAACACUGGAGGAGGAAAAGAACCAGGCUGAGAGGAGGACCAGGGACAUCCAGAGACUGCUGGACACAGAGAAACAGAACAGGCUUCGUUCAGAGCAGCGCAGCUCAGAGUCUCGCCAGGCUGUGGAGCAGGCAGUUAAGGAGCACAAAGCUGAAAUCCUGGCCCUGCAGCAGGCCCUUAAAGACCAGAAACUCAAAGCUGAGAGCCUUGCCGACACUUUGAAUGAUCUGGAGAAGAAGCAUGCCAUGCUGGAGAUGAACGCCCGCAGUUUGCAGCAAAAGCUGGAGAGUGAGAGGGAUCUGAAGCAGAGGCUGCUGGAGGAGCAAGAGAAACUGCAGCAGCAGAUGGAUGCCCAGAAGACGCACAUCUUCCGUCUGACCCAGGGGCUGCAGGACGCUCUGGACCAGACUGACUUGCUGAAGACUGAAAGGACUGACCUGGAAUACCAGCUGGAGAACAUCCAGGCUGUGUACUCCCAUGAGAAGGUGAAAAUGGAGGGGACCAUCACUCAGCAGACCAAGCUCAUCGACUUCCUCCAGUCCCAGGCCCAUGGUGGCUCCAAGAAGAAAAAGAAUGCCGCCUAUGGACUGGUGUUGAAAAUUAGCACGUCAAUGAAUGUACCUGACACAGUAGGACGUACUGGACCUACCUGCCCUCACUGUGUUCCCUGGCUGUAUUCAGAGUUUAGCCGUCGUUUGAAGGACAGUCAGAGAGACAGAGAGAGGGAGAGAGAGAGGGUGGUGCACCACAACACCGCUCACCGCUUCACAGUGGGACUCAACAUGAGAGCUGCCAAGUGUACUGUGUGCCUGGAUACUGUGCACUUUGGUCGCCAAGCUGCUACCUGUCUCGAAUGUCACGCUUUGUGCCACCCAAAAUGCUCCCCCUGCCUUCCAGCGACAUGUGGUAUGUCCAGCGACUGCUCCCUGCAUCUGCCUGAGGGCCUGCUGCGGGACAAAGGCACCUCCCCAGGCCAACAGCUCAAAGAGGCCAGCGGACACAUGCAUCUGGAGGGUUGGAUGAAACAGCCCAGGAACGGGAAGCGAGGCCAGGGCUGGGAGAGAAAAUACAUGGUGCUGGAUGGGACUAAAGUGUCAAUCUACGAGAUAGAGCCCAGAGAAGAUUCAGUGAAACCACUGGAAGAGUUUGACCUGUGUUUGUCAGAUGGAGAGGUGAUUGUUCAUGGAGCUGUGGGGGCAUCUGAGCUACCCAACACUGCCAAGUCAGAUGUUCCCUACGUCCUGAAGCUGGAGUCCCGUUGUCACGCCCCCUGCUGGCCUGGACAGUCACUUUACUUCAUGGCUCCCAGUUUCCCAGACAAACAGCGCUGGGUGGCUGUCAUGGAGUCUGUGGUGGCCGGGGGGCGAGCCUCACGGGAGAAAGCCGAGGCCGACGCAGCUGCUGUGUCCAAAAGACAAAUGGUUCUGUCUCCUCUGGUCCAGAAGCUGCUAGGAAACUCUCUCCUAAAGCUGGAGGGAGACGAUAGGCUGGAUAUUAACUGCACCCUCCCACUCACCGAUCAGAUAGUUCUGGUGGGCUCAGAGGAGGGUCUGUACGCUCUGAACGUUAUCAAGAACUCUCUGACUCACAUCCCUGGUCUGGGAUCAGUCUUUCAGAUCCACAUCAUCAAAGAGCAGGAGAAACUGCUGAUGAUUGUUGGGGACGAGAGGGCGUUGUGUCUGGUGGAGAUUAAGAGAGUGAAGCAGUCUCUGGCCCAGUCCCACCUGCCCAGCCAGUCUGAACUGGCUCCCUACAUCUUUGAGACGGUGAAGGGCUGCCAUCUGUUUGCUGCUGGGAGAAUAGACAACGGACCUUGUAUAUGUGCUGCUAUGCCUAACAAGAUAACCAUUCUGCGCUACAACGACAAUCUCAACAAAUACUGCAUUCGUAAGGAAAUUGAAACACUGGAGCCGUGCAGCUGCAUCCACCUGACCAGCUAUAGCAUCAUCAUCGGCACCAACAAGUUCUAUGAGAUUGAGAUGAAGCAGUUUGUGCUCGAAGAAUUCCUGGACAAGAACGACGUGUCACUCGCCUCAGCAGUGUUUGCAGCUUCGUCCCACAGCUUUCCCAUCGCCAUCAUGCAGGUGGCCAGCAGUAUGCAGAAGGAGGAGUACCUGCUGUGUUUUCAUGAGUUUGGAGUGUUCGUGGACACGUACGGACGAAGAAGCCGCACUGAGGACAUUAAGUGGAGCCGUCUGCCUCUGUCCUUUGCCUACAGAGAGCCCUACCUGUUCGCCACCUACUUCAACUCUCUGGAUGUCAUCGAGGUCCAGGGACAUUCUUCUCUGGGGCCCACAGUGCUGGCUCACCUGGACAUCCCCAACCCUCGCUACCUGGGCCCUGCCAUCUCCUCCGGGGCCAUUUACCUGGCCUCCUCGUACCAGAACAAACUGCGGGUCAUCUGCUGUAAGGGAAGUCUGAUCCGAGAGUCAGGAGAGCUGCAGAGGACCGGCUCCAGCAGAGGUCCCAGUAAGCGAGGCCCACCCACCUACACAGAGCACAUCACAAAGCGUUUGACCUCGGGCCCUGGCAGCCAUGACGGCCUGCAUCGGGAGCCCAGCACUCCACACCGUUACCGGGAGGGCCGCACCGAGUUCAGACGGGACAAGUCUCCAGCCCGACCGCUGGACAGGGAGAAGUCUCCCGGCAGGGUGCUCGACAGUCGUAGAGAGAGGUCACCUGGGAGAUUCGGAGACAGCAGCCGACUUCACGCUGGGUCUGUCCGAACACAGCUCGCCCCUGUUAACAAGGUGUGGGAUCAGUCAUCGGUGUGAAUGCAGUUCCACGCUGCUCCUGACUGGAGGUUGAAGAGAAACUAUGGGCACCCUUUGAUCCACUCUGAGUGCAAGCACACACACAUGCACACAAACACACAUCGCUCAGGCUGAACAUCAGCCCCAUCGCCUGUACAUAGUGCAGUCACAGUUCCUCGUUCCACAAGACAUAAGCCUGCACUGGGAGACGUCUCCUGCGACAAUCCUGUCUUUUCUGACCCGUGUUUUCAUGGGAGAAAUCCCGCAGUAGAUUAGGUGGCAGGGCACCUCCGCUGAUCUACAAACCAAGAGAAUCUACUUUAUGAUAUGUACUCAAAGUUGUAAAUAUUGCUGUCUGAGUUUUUAUAGAUAAAGGGAAUAGUCGGCUGGUAAAGCCAUGUCUAUUUUUUUUAAAAAUGAGUUUCUAAAGAUGUUGCAGGGAGAUUAAUGAUGUCGUUGGUUACGAAAUACAAUAUCAACAUUUCAUUAGAAUCUGAAGUAUCAUGUUAGGUUUUUUCUCCGUUCAGAGAAUCAAACCGACAUUUAAUUACUCACAUAAAUCAUGAGAGAGAGAGAUCUGAGGAGGCAACACUUUGCACACGAGAUUGGAUUUGAACAGGAGUUAAGAGCUUGUUCUUGUUACAUGACCAGUCUUCUUUCUUUGGAUCAAAUGUAUGGUCCUCUUGACUCAAUAGCCUUUGAUAUAUAAUUGCAUAUGAUUGCUUUAUUGACAGUCGUCCAGCCAUACUUUGUAAACGAUUAUUAAGCAAUGUUUUGCUCCAAGUGUUCCUUGUGUUGUUUUUAGCAAACCUAAGAUCAAGAAACACGCAGCUCUGCCUCUGCUGCCGGACGUGGUGCAGUUAGGCCGGCUGAUGCUGCCUCAGUUUGCUCUUAGUCCGCUGCUGCUGCUGCUGCUGCUGCUGAGUAUGGUACAGAUGUCCUGUUUCUGUGCAGUGAUAUGAAGUCUAGUAAUUGUCAGGGGUCGUCACUUUCUAGUAUCGUUUCUUUAGAGCCAGUAAGACCACUUCCAUUUGUCACAUCAGUGAGCAUGACUAACUUAGAGCAGCACUUGUUGCUUUUUGAUCUUGAUUCUCUCUUGGUUGUUUUUUUCUGUCACGUAUUCACUUGACUUUGCAUUCAAAAAGUAGACGUUGAUGUUAAGACAGUAACUUAAGAUUUUCUUGAUUUUUAGAGAUGUAUACCAGUACAUGCAUUAAACAUGAUUGAAGUGUU